UAUUAUAACUAUCCUACCAAUAAGAUAAGAAAUUCGCUACUACCAUCUGUUCUCUUGCAAGUCGGAAUGAUUUGGUUUGCAUUGUUGGCUUUUGUUGUUAGUUGUGUUCAUGGCGAUCUACGGCCUUUGGAACUGACAACAACGGCAGGAUGUUACUACCAAGGAUCUUAUCAUCCCGUGGGUCCCUUUAGCCCGUCACCGUGCGAAGACUGUCAUUGUCCCACGAGUGGGAAAGUGAUCUGCGCCAUCACGGACUGCUUUAUCACUCCGUGUGUUGACGCAGUCCACGAGAAGGACAAAUGUUGUCCCACUUGUCCAAACGGUCCUAACUGCAAGGCCCCGGAUGGACAUAUAAUCAAAAUUGGGGAGACAUAUCACAUGAAUUCCUACACGAUCUGUCAUUGUGAUGGACACCAUUUGGGCUCUAACCUCGCAGCCUGCGCUAUCAGACACGUUGAUCCCGUUGUUGACCCAAUUCAUUUACAUAGUUAAAUAUAUACCCCUUGAUAAUCAAUUAUAAAGCAUAUGUUAGCUUU